UAGCUUAAUUUUCUUUUCUGUUUAAUUUCGUAAUUAAUUUUUAACUAAUUAAUGGAAUUUUACAAACAAUAUUAAAAGCAAAAAAAGUUGAAAACUAAGCUCAACAAACUGAAGAAUAACUGCAAGAAAAUUUAGAAAAGCAAAAGAAUUUCCCAUAGUUUCCUUUCAAUUAAUAAAUAUUCGACUGAUUCAACUGAUAUUACUUAGUGUGUGCAAGUGCGUGCGUGUGCGACUAUGCACCCGAUAGUAUCACAUAGUCUAAAUUCGCUGGAUCGGUUUACAAAAGCUUCUACAUCUAGCAAGGAUUCAUCAUUAAUAAAUAACAGUUUGGUUGCUGUUAGUCGUACGUUGGAAGGAAAAUUACAAAUUACUUCUAACUCUUACGAACAACUGGUGUUAUUACCGGCUUCAAAAAUGUCAGGCGAUCAAAAAACUUUGAUAAAGGGCCACAGUUCUCAAUAUGUAAAAUUGAACGUUGGUGGUUGCUUGUAUUACACGACUAUAGGAACAUUAACUAAGCAUAAUGAAACCAUGCUAAGUGCAAUGUUCAGUGGACGCAUGGAGGUACUGACCGACGCGGAAGGAUGGAUAUUGAUUGAUCGUUGCGGCCAACAUUUUGGCACCAUUUUGAAUUAUUUGCGUGACGGUACAGUACCGUUGCCCGAGUCCCAUAAAGAAAUCGCUGAACUUUUGGCAGAAGCUAAAUACUAUUGUAUUACAGAAUUGGCAAUGUCGUGUGAAAGAGCCUUGUUAGCUCAUCAAGAACCAAAACCCAUAUGCCGUAUACCUUUAAUAACUUCGCAAAAGGAAGAGCAAAUGUUAAUCAGUUCUUCUUCGAAGCCUGCUGUUAUUUUGGUGGUACAGCGUCAGAAUAAUAAAUACUCGUACACCAAUAAUUCCGACGAUAAUUUGCUCAAAAACAUAGAACUUUUUGACAAACUUUCCCUGCGUUUCAAUGAACGCAUUCUUUUCAUUAAGGACGUUAUAGGUCCAAGUGAGAUAUGUUGCUGGUCUUUCUACGGUCACGGUAAAAAAGUUGCAGAAGUAUGCUGCACAUCGAUUGUAUAUGCUACCGAUCGUAAGCACACAAAAGUGGAAUUUCCGGAGGCGCGUAUCUACGAGGAGACUUUACAAGUACUAUUAUACGAGAAUCGUAAUGCUCCAGACCAAGAACUUUUGCAAGCUACCUCAUCCGUACGUAAUCCAUCUGGUGGAGGUUCAUCAUCGGGUGCUUCUUGUGCUGGAUCGGGUGGCAUGCAUCAAUAUACCAGCGAUGAAGAAGAAGAACGCAGCGGUUUGGCGCGCUUGCGCUCAAACAAACGCAAUAAUCCCACAUGAUUUUCACGAACUUAUCAUGUACUACCAUAGCUAUGGCGCGGCGGCGGCAGUAGCAACAGCGGCUGGGGUAGUACCUGAAACCUAAGCGAA